AUGAUGGUAAAUUCUGUGCACAGUAUUGGGGCUAAUUGGGGAACACAGGCAACUCAUCCUCUGCCUUUUACAACUGUUGUGAAAUUACUGAAAGAUAAUGGGAUUCAGAAGUUGAAGCUUUUUGAUGCUGAAUCAGAUGUUUUGAAUGCUUUGAGGGGGUCAGGGAUAGAGGUUAUGCUGGGCAUCCCGAAUGAUAUGUUGUAUACUCUAGCUAAUAGUGUGGCUGCUGCUGAAAGAUGGGUGGAGAGGAAUGUUUCUUUACAUAUUUCAUCUAAUAGUGUUGACAUCAGGUAUGUCGCAGUUGGGAACGAACCUUUCCUAUCAACUUACAACGGAACCUACCUGUCCACCACUUUUCCAGCUCUUAAGAACAUUCAGGCAGCCCUGAUUAAAGCUGGCCUUGGCAAUCGAGUGAAAGUCACAAUCCCACUCAAUGCUGAUGUGUACCAGAGUUCGACUGUGCAACCUUCUACUGGCGACUUCCGGCCUGAUAUUCAUGACCUCAUGGUCGAGAUUACUAGUUUCAUGAGUCUUAAUGCGGCCCCGUUCACUGUCAAUAUUUAUCCGUUCAUUAGUCUCUACAAAGAUGCCAACUUUCCAUUGGAUUAUGCCUUCUUUGACGGAUUCUCAUCGCCUAUCAAUGAUAACGGAAAUAUAUACACCAACGUGUUCGAUGCGAAUUAUGAUACCUUAGUAUGGGCUCUGCAGAAGAAUGGAUUCGGAAACUUAAGCAUAAUAGUCGGAGAAAUUGGUUGGCCUACGGAUGGAGACCGGAAUGCAAAUAUCAUGUUAGCACAAAGGUUUAACCAAGGCUUCAUGUCCCAUAUCUCAGGAAACAGGGGGACCCCAAUGAGACCAGGCCCCGUGGAUGCUUACUUGUUUAGCUUAAUAGACGAGGAUGCCAAAAGCAUCCAACCAGGUAACUUUGAACGACAUUGGGGAUUAUUCUACUUUGAUGGUACGCCAAAAUACAAUCUCAGAUUAGGUGGCAACUCGGGGGGUCUGGUACCAGCAAGCAACAUUAGGUAUCUGCCCCGUCGUUGGUGCGUGCUCUCACCCUCUGCAAAUCUUCAAGAUCCUCAAGUGGUACUAAGUGUGAGCUACGCAUGUUCCCGUGCUGAUUGCACGAGCCUCGGGUAUGGGACUUCUUGUCAAAAUUUGGAUACUCAGCAGAACAUUUCAUACGCGUUCAACAGUUAUUACCAGGAAAACGACCAGCUCGAUACUGCCUGCAGAUUUCCAAAUCUUUCUGUGAUCACAAACAAGGAUCCAUCGGUUGGAGGGUGUAGAUUCAAAAUCAUGAUCCAGACCACAAAUUCCAGGAAUGGAGGAUUCUUAUUAGAGCCAAUUAAUAUGCUGCUUCAAGUGAUUAUGUUGUUGUUAACCUUCUUGUGA